AUGGACGAUGACGAAUACGGCGACGCCGACGACAUUCUCGUCGCCCUGGCGGCGCAAUCGGAACCGUCGAAACCAGCUCAAUCACCCGCUGCGCCGAGAAUUCAACAACCCACACCCCAGCGCCUCGACCGAGCACCACCUUCAAAUCCCGCCUCCAGCUCUGCGACGCCCAAGGUUGUGCAGCCUACCCCGCAGGCUCUGCCCGCUCGUGGUUCGGGGUCCUCCAUCCUCGUCUCGCCGAGGCAAAAGGGCAACCCAGUGCUCGCCUGCCUAAAGUCGGUUGCUUGGGAAUACAGCGACAUACUCGCCGACUACGGGCUCGGCCAGACAACCUGCGCCCUCUAUCUAAGGCCUCAAUACCACCGCCUCCACCCCGAAUACAUCUACACGCGCGUCCGCAACCUCCAAGGAAAAUACAAGCUCCGCAUCGUGCUCACCAUGGUCGACAUCCCCAACCACGAGGACGCCCUGCGCGAGCUUUCCAAAACCUCCCUGGUCCACAACGUCACCAUCAUCCUCGCCUGGUCCGCCGCCGAAGCCGCCCGCUACCUGGAGCUCUACAAGUCCUAUGAGCACGCGGGCUUCGGCGCCAUCCGCGGCCAGCAGGCCUCGAGCUACGCCGAGCGCCUCGUCGACUUCGUCACCGCCCCGCGCAACAUCAACAAGACCGACGCCGUCGCGCUGGUCAGCUCGUUUGGGAGUCUGCGGAAUGCGGUGAAUGCGCAGCCCGACCAGCUGGGGGUCGUGGGUGGGUGGGGCGAGAAGAAGGUCCGCGCGUGGACUAAGGCGGUCGAGGAGCCGUUUAGGGUGAAGAAGGCGGGGAGGCGGGCUGGAACCACCGGGAAGGCCUCGCAGAGUGUGAGUGUGUCGGUGAGUUCGAAGGAGCAGGGUGAGGAUACAGAGGCGGAGGCGGCCAUUGCGGAGGCGGAAGGGGGAGCAGAAGUUGCCACUGAUAGUGGGCGGCGGCUUCAACCCGUGCCCGUGCGGCCCGCAUCAGCCACGUCGGCUACAUCGGCGGUGCCGGCGCGCAAGGCCGAUCAACUGAGCGACGGUGUCGCCGCCGCGCUGGCAAAACUCAGAGAGAAGGGCUAA